CUUCAUUCAUCGAUAAGGCAUGAAGGAGGGGUAAGUUUGGUUGACUUUCUAUGGGGUGUGUUAGGGAUGGUUGAUUUGUUGGUUUCCAUCUCAUCAGUACUACUAUAUAUCUGUUCUCAUGGUCUCUCCAUCCGAGUCAGAUCAUCUAGGCACUAUCCAAGUCAAUUCAUCAACAGUUGCAUCCUAUUCAUCUGGUUUCUUGGGCCUGAGCUUGUCUGGGUUUUGUGUGUUGAUUCAGUGCUGAUUAUAAUCAUAUCCUGAAGCUGAUUUGGUUGGUGUUGAUGAUUGCUGGUAUAUUGUGUGUGGGCAGUUCACCGAGUGAAGUGACUAGACUUGUCUCUGAACUGAGGUAUUCGACUUUGACGAGACCAACAGUCAAGC